AUGUCGUCACACCCCAAAUCGCCAAUUGCCUACAGUCCACCUUCAGUUGGACGAACUACAGCACCCCCAACACCAGUGGUGCCCACCGUAAACGUCCCGAGCCAGCCACAUCUCGUGUCUCUCGUCGUCCAAUCGAAGAAGGCGCUGCAACACGGUGAACAACUUUGCACAAGGGCCCACACGUCGUCAAAUGAGUCAGCGCAAGCCUCAGUUGACGUCUUAGCACUGGACGCCAAAGUGCGUUGGAUUGUUGAGGCAGUGGUGGAACAAUUGCAGCUGGCAGCAAGUGUCGCGAAAACGAUAGAAGAGAAACGGACGGAUAUCUCAAGGCAAGCGAAUGAAUGGGAUAUUGCUAGAACACAACAAACAGAUGCCUUGGACGCCAUCCUAGAGUCUCUAGGGGCACAACUCGUCCCGCCAGAAUUUCACCAGCAUUCCUCAGACUCGUCAUUGUUUGGGAGUCAGCAUUCGGCUGAUUUGGAGAAUGAAAGGCUCGCGUCGAAAGGUAAUAACACUCAGCUCUCCCCUGCUAUGUUGAGCAACAAGAAGCCGAAUGGAUCCUCGGACGACUACAGUCAACUACGAUCCCCUAUAUCGCCUGUGUCACCGUCCGCCACUCUUCGAAGAAAUGGUUCUAUACGUCAAGCUAACGAAACUAAAGACAAAGGGCGUACCAAGCACCGCAAUCCCAGCGGAACCCGGAGAAGUACGAAGGAAGAAAGGAAGCGUUGGAAGACGUUGCGGGACUUUGUGGACGACCAAGCUAUUGAAACCGUUCUUGAGACUAUAGAGAACGAUAGAUCGGCAUUAGAGGAAAUUAUAAGCAAGACGGACGACUAUCCCGAGACCCUCACGCGCACCAUACAUACAAUCCGAUCUUCGUUACCAUUUCCAAACCCUGAUGAACCUGAUGCACUGAAACGAACACAGCAAAUUGUUGUGGAACAGGAACACCUGGUAAAUUCAAUGGCAUCACUUUUAGAAAGUCUGGCAAGUCAUUAUGACGGUAUGGCGAAUGCCUUGAAAGACUCCGAGAAUGGGGAAGAUUUUAGUGACGAAGAUCUACAAGUCAUGAAUCGGGAUACAGAUGAGUUGCCAGCUAUCAUGCGUGAACUUGAAGAUAGUUUGAGGGUUAUUGAAGAAUAUCAUUUGGAGAAAGAUCUAAAGCAUCUUUCUACCGUUCUGGAUGACCUAGAUGAACUCGGAGAAAUUAUGAGUGAAAUGUUACAUACCCAAGAAAUACUUGAAGUUCAGGCUAACGAAGAACUCAUUCGACUGCACGAUCAUCUGACGGCCCUUGAAAGCACCUUCCAUAUUCCUUAUGUUGAAUAUAGAACCGCCUUUACCAAAUUAUUGCUUGAAAUUGAGCGACGGAGGCAAUACAAGGAAGCCGCUGAAAACAUUGUCAGUGGGAUGAUGAAGCAUUUGGAAUCUAUGACAGAAGAAGAAACCCGUGUCAGAGAGCACUUCAACAAGGAAUAUGGCGGUAGUUUACCCCUCGACCUUUGUUUAUAUGUUGCCAAUUCUCCAACAAGAUGGGAAAUUGUCCCAUGGCAGGGCACCACUCCAGAAGCUCUUCCCCACAUAGACAACGAUCUUCUUGCGGAGGCGAGGGCGAAAGUUGCUUCUUCUGACGGACCACUGAAACUGGGACAUGACAGCCAAUGA